AUGUAUAAGCUGGUCUCCUGCUGUUUGCUUUUCAUAGGAUCCUUAAAUCCGCUCCUGUCUCUUCCUGUCCUUGACUCCAGGCAAGAGUCCCUGCAGCUCUUAGCACCUGAAGAUGUCAGAUCAACCCUGGAUGAGCUGGAAAGAGCGUCUCUUCUGCAGAUGCUGCCAGAGAUGUCAGGCGCAGAGACAGGAGAGGGUCUUAGGAACACAGAUCCCAUUACCAACAUUUUUUACCCAAGAGGAAACAUGAGAAAGGUCUUCUCUGGGCAAGAUCCUAAGCUUUUCCUGAGUGACCUUUUGUCCAGAAUUAGGAAACAAUCUAAGAAACGUGGACCUUCCUCUGAAUGCUUCUGGAAAUACUGUGUCUGAAGCAAAAUGAC